GCUCCGGUGCUACUUUAACAACAUUGAUUUGCGGAAUUUAUUGAAAAAUAAGUAUUGCUUACACAUAUAAAGUGAGUAAAACGGCACAAAAUAAGUAAAAUUACGUUUAUUAAAAUUGUGUUAAGUGUAUUGUAGUGAUUUUGGUGUACGGAUACAUAAUUUUGUUGUUGACUUCUAAAAUGGCAAAUGAACACGAAAGCUUUGAAUUUUUGGAGGCUGAUCACGCUGAAACCUCGAAUAUUCAUAAUAACAGGAAGCGGCGGCGCAUGCAAAUGCGUGAAGAAUGUUCGCCUUUCCAUUUAGACGACACGGAAUUUGUUAAGCGAUAUAGGCUAACAAAAGAACUUGUACGUAAUUUAUGUGACGAAAUAAGGCCAUUAAUGAGAAAUCCACAAAAAUCCACAGACUUAUCUGUCGAGACGAAGGUGUUAAUUGCAUUGUCUUUUUAUGCAACUGGGUCAUACCAACGUCCUACAGGCAAUAAUGAAGGACAUUUUGUGGCUCAGCAAACAGUAUCAUCUGCCAUCUCACAAGUUACUACCUGCCUUAACUCAUUGGAAAUGCGAAAUAAGUAUAUAAAAUUUCCAAUGAGCAGCCAAGAACGCAACAUGAUCAAAACUAAAUUUUACAAUAAAUUUGGCAUACCGGGAUGUUUAGGUUGUAUUGAUGGCUCACAUGUAGCAAUAGUACGGCCUGCACAACAUGAAGAGCGUUAUUAUUGCCGCAAGAACUAUCAUUCUUUGAAUGUUCAAUUAAUUUGUGACUCUGAUAUGCAAAUUAUAAGUGUUGAUGCUAGUCAUGGAGGUGCAACACAUGACUCAUUUAUAUGGGCUGUUCACCCUCUAAAGGCUCACAUAGAAGCACUAAGCAACAAUGAGAACAUUUGGUUUCUAGGUGAUUCUGGAUACCCCUUAAGAAAGACAAUGAUGACACCAAUACUUGAUGCCGCACCUGACUCUCCUGAGGCACACUACACCAACUUGCAUGUCAGGGCGCGGAAUGUCAUAGAGCGCACUAUUGGACUUCUUAAAGCACGUUUUCGUUGCUUACUUAUUCAUAGGGUAUUACAUUACUCGCCAGAGGUAGCUGGCUCUAUUGUAAAUGCUUGUGUCAUAUUACACAAUAUUUGCAAUAGGGCUAAUGUCCCUGUAGAACCAUUAAGCAAUGAAGACAUGAUUCAAGAAGCCCAACUCCAGCAACACAUGAACACAACAGUUGUUCUGCCUCGUACAUCUAACGUUGCGUAUCAGCAAGGUCUAGCUACGAGAAAUUGUCUUGUGCAGCGUCUGUGGGAAAGGCGGCGUUUAUGAUCCUAAAACAAAAUAAUUCUAGGUUACUGUAUGUCCAGUUUUCCUAAACAUCUGGAAAUAAUUAUCUUUGAAGCCUGACAUAAUGGCUAAACAAUAGUGGUCAAACUACCAGCUGGCUUGUCUCGUAAUUUAACGUAUUAAUACAUAAUAAUCAUCAUCAAUACAUUAAGUUAUUUUAA